CCUCUCUGAAUGUGAAGUGUUCUGAAACCUUGAUGAGAAUAAAGGCCUGUACAGUCCUUGGAGGUUUCCCUGCUGGUGCUCUUUCACGUUUACUUCCGUGUACAUUAGAUUUUUUUCCCCCCGCUGACAACUUUGCAACAGGAAACCGAGCAGACGUUUGUUUCGCCUGUCGGACGUUUUCUCUGCUUUUGCGGCGGGGAGUCUGUGGAGCUCAGUGCUCUAACCCAGCCAUGAGCAUCAUUGGGGCUGAGGAUGAGGACUUUGAGAAUGAUCUGAAUGAUGUGGUGGAUGACCAGCACACCAAAUUCAACAGUAUAGAGCAGUUAAAGGAUCGGCCCACCCACCUGCUGGUCUUCUUGCAACAUGUCAUUCUCCAGUUUGACUGUGCUCCCCUGCUCUGUUACCUCCAUGCUGACCUGUUCAAGAGCCUCAGUACCAAAGAGACCAAAAAGCAGUUUGUGGAGUUCUACAACAACUUUCUGGAUAAGGGUGCCAUUCUCAGAGUGACAGUACCACCUCAUGUAUGCUAUGAAUUGGAUCGCAUCCGUCCAGAUCUGCUGUCUGAGGAGACCCAACGGCGCUUUGCUCAGGAGGUCCAGAGUGUUCAGGCUGCUGAAGUAGCCAAACAGCUGGAAGAUUUUAGGCAAAAGAGGAUGAUGGGUAUGACCCCAAAUGAGGCUGAGCUGGCAGAUGUGGAGAGUCACUACCCCACUGACCGUAUUCCAGUGGAGAUGAAGGAAAAGUGUGUUGCUGAGACUCUCCUUGAGCGGAUGUCUGAGACUCAACCUACAAUUGUCUCAGAUGAGGAAAAGUGUCAAUCCAUCUUUUCAGCAGUGGCCUUUUACAUGAAGCACCUGGGGGUGAAGACCAGGACGGUGGAAAGUAAAAAGUCUAGAGGGGGCUUCUUCAGGAGGCCGCUGGCAAAGAUUUCUAAGAAGGAUGAGCCAUCAAGGACCAAACCCAGAGCGGGAUUUCCGACCAUCCACGGCUGGAUUUCAGGCAACACUGAGUUCAGACCUAAAGUGGAAGCUGAAGUGGAUAAAGAUAAAGUGAGUCAGGAGCGUAAAAGCAGUGGUCCAACUGCCACCAAAAGCUCUGUGUCGGAACCUGCAGCACCCGUUUUCCCCAGCAGGAAGUCUGUUUCCAGUGGAGGUUCAACAUCUUUGCCUAGUACAGAGAUUCCAGAUGGCUCAGGGACCAACAUCAAUACACCCAGCCGCCCAGAGCCUUUAUAUAUUGAUGGUCCUUCAAACAAUCGUUUAGAACCUCUAGCCUUGUCAGACGGAACUGAGGUGCCCCUUGUUGGACCGGGAGGUGGGCUUUCCGUCCCAGAUCCCUUCACACCUAAUGAUCUACCAGCAGAGGAAAAUGUAGAGAAAGAGAGACGGAAGACAAGUAAGAAAGUGGGUCGUAGCGAGAGUGCUCGUGUGGACCGGCACUCCUCUCGCCGCCAUGGCUCUUCCCGAGCCAAACAGUCACGCUCCCGUAGCGAUGUGGACCUCCAGCCGCCCUCCGCUGUGACACCCACACCAGCUCUGCUCAUCUCCCAGCAGCCCCAGCCUCUUGAAGGGCCCCUUUUAGUUGUGGAGGGACCUGGCUCCUCCCCCACAAGUCCUUCUCCACAGUUGGAGGAGAUCGAUCCACGACUCCUGGAGCUUGAGCAGGACCCACCCAACUGGAGGGAGCAGGCGUGCCCCGAAGACCUGUCCAGUCUCAGCAAGAAGGAAACCAAGAGGCAAGAGGUCAUAAAUGAGCUGUUUGCAACAGAGCACGCUCACGUGCGAAUGCUGAGUGUUCUUCAGACUGUCUUCUCUAAACCUCUGGAGAGGGAGGAGCUCCUGACUGCCACUGAGCUGGCUGCCAUCUUCCCCAACCUGGACGAGAUCAUUGAGAUGCACUAUAACUUCUAUGACAACUUGAAGAAACUACGUUUGGAAGACAACUUCAUUGUCAAAUCCAUCAGCACCACAGUACUCAACAGGUUUGGUGGUACUGAGGGAGAGUGGUUCCAGAAACUGACAGCACGGUUCUGUAGUCACCAGUCGUGGGCCUUGGACCAAAUCAAGAGCAGGCAGAAGAAAGAGCCACGUUUCAACUCCUUCAUACAGGAGGCAGAGAGUAAACCUCAGUGCCGCAGACUGCAGCUCAAGGACAUCAUUCCCAUUGAGAUGCAGAGACUGACCAAGUACCCGCUGCUGCUGGAGAAUAUUGCCAAGAACACAGAGAAUGCAGCAGAGAAGGAGAGGAUCCAGCAGAGCGCAGAAUGCUGCAGAAAGAUCCUCAACCAUGUCAACGAGGAGGUCAAAGUGAUGGAGAACCUAUUGACUUUGAAGGACUAUCAGCGUCGAUUGGACACAUCAGGGCUCAGACCCAGUAAUGAGCUUUAUACUGAAUACCGGAACAUUGACCUGACUCAGAAGAAGAUGCUUUAUGAAGGUCCUUUGACUUGGAGAGUGACCAAGGAAAAAGCCAUUGAGGUGCAGUGUGUGCUGCUGGGGGACCUGCUGGUGCUCCUGCAAAAGCAGGAUGACAAGAUGGUCCUCAAAUGUCAGAGCAAGAGUACCAUUGCUGUGCAGGAGGGCAAACAGAUGCUGAGCCCCAUCAUCAAGCUGGACUCCGUCUUCCUCCGCGACGUGGCCACAGAUCGAAAGGCCUUCUACGUGAUAUUUACCUGGGACAGUGGUGCUCAGAUCUAUGAACUGGUGGCUCAGUCUCUCGGAGAGCGAACCAUCUGGACGGACGUGAUUAAGACAGCAGUGGAUGAUCUGAAGAAAAGUGGAGCACCUAUGAGGUUGCCACUGCCGCUCCAUUCGGCUCCAUUCAGUCCCACAGCGAUCACAGCCCCUCUGAGUCCGAGUGAGAAUGGAGGUUUGAAAAGCAGCGGCGAUCGAGAUAAAGACAGCUUGACUGAUGAGAAGUCUUCAGACCCAAGGCACUUACUGAUUGAUUUCCUGUCAGACAAAGGCUUUGAUUUGAUUGGCCACUCCAACAGUGAUCAGGAGAAGGUGGCCAACGUAGCGCUGGAUGAAGUCAUGUCAUUGAAGAGGCUGCUGAUUGGCAGCAUCAGUCUGUCAGAAGACUCUCAGACUGAUGAAGAAAAUGGAGGCGACCAAUCAGAAGGUCCAAGUCAAGACGUUUUUAAAGCAGAAAAUCAGACCUCCGAUGAAGGAGCAAAGGAAGAUGAUGAGGAUGGUGGUGGACAUGAAGGUGGAAGAGCUAAGGCAGAGGAGGAAGAAAGGAGCAUCAGUGCACCCUUGGUGUUGUCCCAGGAGAGAAUGGAGGAGGUGUGCAGAAGGCUCCACAGUCUGGAGGAGCAGCUUAAAAGACUACAGACUGUAGAGGAGGAGCACCACAGGCUGCAGGAGGCCCUGUCCAAAUUCUCUCUUGAGGGUGGUAACUUUCAGUAAGACUCUAUCAUGCCACCUACUGGCCACUAGACUUCCUGGUGCUGGUUUGGAGUGCAAGAGUGACUUUCAGAGGCCUUCCUGGAAAUUCCUUAACAAAGGCAUGUCUGGACAUGUGCUGCAUUUGUGUCACAGCUGGCUGCAGCCAAACUGGAAGUUUGCUUUCCUGAGAGCGGGGGGGAGGCGUGUACAGUGCAGCGGUUCAGCAAUGGAACACAGAGCGUGUGUGCGUGGGUACUGUGUGUUUGUGUGCCUGUUUGGUUUGGAGGUAGAUAAUGAAUCAAAGAGAAAUCCUACUUUUGAGUGGGAGGUUGGGGGCUUUUUGUUUGUUUGUUUGUUUGUUUUUCCAGAGAGGUGCCAAAAAAGAAAAGCAAUAUUUUUGCAAUGAGAGAAAUGCUGCCUAA